GGUGAAAGUGGCCUGGGUAGCACGCAGGAAACAGAUCAGAUGUAACGUUAUCCAUUUUUCUCAAACGGCCAUUAAUCUGCACCAGAUUGUGAUUCGGUUCACGCCAGGGUUUUUCUGCAUCGACGAAGUGUUUGGACGGGGUUUUAGCGAGGAAGGUGCCGUGUGGGUGUCGGUAUGUGGGCGGGUCAUCCUGUCAUGAGCGGGAACAAACCAAGAUGGGAACAUUUAGACUCGACAAUGUUUGGUUGACAUAACUGAUAGUGUCCGACUACAGAAGAUCUGUGCACACAGACAGGUAGAAUGGCACUUGUUGAUCGCGUGACUCAACUGCAGUUGUGGCUUCUGCCAUGGACCUGGUACCUGCUGAGGAUUGCUCUGCGAUUAGUGUUUAUCACGGUCAACAACUUGUACGUGAUCCCUGCCCAUUUCCUGUGGUUGCUGUGUCUGCAGCCUGUGCGCAUACUCAGACCUGAACUAUUCUGGAGACUGGAGGGCAUCAUGUUCAAGUGGCUUUUGGCCCAGGUUGGCUGGUGGGGUUACAGUGCUGGAUACAAGAUAUACGAGUGUGGUGAGGACAUCUCUCACACCUACAGUGAUGAGGCAAUAGUUAUAGUGAACCACCAGUCCACAGCUGACGUGGCCACCCUUAUGGCCGCCCUUCAGCACAAGGGCCCAGUGGUGAGGCGCAUGAUGUGGAUCAUGGACUACAUCUUCCUGUACUCCAACUUUGGCUGGUGUGCCUGGACUCAUGGCGACUUCUUUCUGCAGCAGGGACAGCAGUACCGUGAGGUCAUGCUGAAGCUACUGAAGGAUCACCUAAAGACCAGGUAUCUGAACAGGAAUCACCAGUGGAUCAUUCUGUUCCCAGAGGGAGGAUUUCUCAGGAAGAGACGAGAACGGAGUCAGAAGUAUGCAAGAAAGCACAACCUGCCUGUCCUACAGCAUGUGGUGCUUCCUCGAAUCGGAGCCCUGAAAACCAUCCUGGACAGUGUUGGCCCACCAGUGACCCAUAGAAAUGGGCCACUACAGGAAAAUGGUGCAGUGCACUCAGAAGGUCAGCACAUUAAGUGGAUUGUUGACAUCACCAUUGCAUAUCAGGAUGGCAGACCGCUGGACAUACAGACCCUUGUAUCAACAUGGAGACCACCAUAUCCCACCACACUGCACUACAGAUAUUUCCCCAUUUCUGAGGUUCCGCGGGAUGAGGAAGGGCUGACAAAAUGGCUGUACAAGCGGUUUGAAGAGAAGGAGGAGCUUCUGUCCAACUUCUACUCCACGGGGAAGUUUCCCCCUGGUACGACACGACCAGGGACAAAAACUACAGACGAAGCCGUGGAGAUCAAAUUUAGCCCAUGGUGGAUGUUGUCUAUCCAUCUCUUCUACUUAUGCUCCUCUGCUCUGCAGUGGUACACUGUCAGUACAGUGUUACAGUGGAUCUCGUAAUUGGGAAGAUGACUUAAGUAGUGAAAUCACGGUGGGUCAUGUUAGUGCCUGUAAUGGGCAUGAUUGCACCUAAAGGCCCAAACUGUAUUGAGAUGGUUGAAACAUGCAUUCAAAGCCACAUAUUUCUGUUAAUUCAAUGUUGUAAGAGUUUCAUUUAGCAUGAAGCACCUGAGCAUUGUAGGCAAUUUUUGCAAACAACAUGUUACUUGCCGAGAGCUGUCUAGUUACUAAUAUGCAACAGUACAAUUCUGGGUAAGGCGGAGACCAUACCAUCCAGCUAAUCAGUUUGUCACUCUGUUUGCAGUCUUUGUGCCUUUUGCAGACAAUGCUGAAUCUGAAAAAUGAUUCCCCAAUUAAUUUUGAAAUUUUAAAUCUAUGGGAAAUAGAAUCACUUUCCCAGUUUUAACAUAGACUUUUGCCUUUGGGCUGAAUAUUAUAUCGUAGUAGACCUUUGACUUCAGAUAACAGACUAGAAAUGUCCAAAUGAUGUUUGAAAUCAUGAGUAGGUGCUCCAACCUAAGAUGGCAGCCAUUUUUGUUACAGGAAAUCAAGUGGCAAAUAUGUGAUCACUGACCUCAGAACAAAAUGAUGAAAUAGGGAGAACCAGAAAAGAGGCUGAUGUGUACUGAAGUUAUUUUAGCUAUUGUGAUAAUGUAACAGACUUUGGAACUAGAUAACAUUAAGUUUGCCUUGGUGCAAUUUCUCCCCUUAUUUCACUCCCCAUCAUCCAUCCUGAUCCUCUCCUUUAGUGCCAACUUUUCCAUAUGACAGCAGGAUGGCAGAUGUGAAAAUCAGUGGUCCUUUGACAUGAGAAUAUUUCUAUCAAAACAGCCGCGUUAGCCAUCAGUCAGUUUGUAAAGUAAUGCCACCCAUUUUGUACUGAGAAUUCCUGUCAGGGUUUACCAUGUACUGCUUUGCCUCAUAACAGAUUUUUUUACAGAAUAUGAAAAAAAAGGUAAUUAAAUCUUAUGACAGAAAGUUUUUAAUGAUGAAUGUGGCUCCCAUGAUUGCCUGAUGAAAAAUAGCAUGAUGGAGUUAACAAAAGAUGUAUAAAUGCUAAGAAGUGUUAGUUUUGUAGUGUCUCUUUAUUGCACUGAAAGAUCCUACAGCUAGUGAACUGAUGUUAUUUACUUUAAAUAUUGCAGUAGAUGUUUUGUUUCAUGACUCCUAUGAUUGCUUCUCUGUGUUAGUAUGAUGGAGUUAUAAUACUUAUGUAGAAGUGUGUUACACCUUUUCCUCAUGAUUAAUGAUGAGCAACCAUUGAACUCAAUCUAUUAAGAUUAUGGAAUUAUGGUAUAAUUUGUUCAUGUUGGAAGGGAAAUUGUGUGAACUAAAUUGUAACUACAUGCACAAUGUAAUAUGUGUGAAUGAAAAUUGUUGUAUACUUUGUAACACAGAAGAUACAAUGGUAGAAUAUCAAAUGGUUAUUCAUCUUUGUUAAAGCAAAGUUACGACCACUGAAACCAAACUUUAGUUAAUAUUCAAUCAUAUGAUUAUGAGAAAUUUGUGCAGUGGUAUCUGAAAGGUUAAUCUUAUCUCAAUGUACUAAUGUCUUGAUAUGUAUGUAAUUAUGCUUGCCUGUGGUAAAUCUUGUCGUUGAGCUUCCAUGUUUUCUUCUGCUUGUCACAUGCUGAAUUAUUGACUUCAUUAUUGAAAGGCUGUCAGUCUUGACCAUGAUAGGCAACAGUUACAAGUAAUUCAAGGCCAAAUAAGUAGUUUUAGUAUACUCAAUGCAGAAAUCUAUACAGCCCUCAAAAGUCACAUUUUUUUCACAUAACUGUUGAUUUCAAUUUAUAGAAAAUAAUACAGACUGCUACUACUGG